CUUUGUGUUGUCUGGCUUUUCUAGAUGGGGAUGUCAGGAGCCCCGUUUGGCCAGCAGUACGGUCAAACAGGGGUCCAGCAGAUGGGGCCGACGGGUGUCAAUGCCCAACAACUUCAGAACAAGACAGCUCUUCCCAACAAUCUGCCUCAGUUCGCAUCGGAGCCAAAGGGAGCUGGAAAUGUUCCCAACAUGAUGCAGCAGCAGGUUGCGCCUGUGGGGAUGGUACCCAGCACCGGCAGCGUGUCAGCCGGUCCGACGGCCGAUCCUGAGAAGCGCAAACUCAUUCAGCAGCAGCUGGUCCUGCUGCUCCACGCGCACAAGUGCCAGCGGCAGGAGCAGGCCAACGGGGAGGUGAGGGCCUGCACUCUCCCCCACUGUCGCACCAUGAAGAAUGUCCUCAACCACAUGACCCACUGCCAGGCGGGCAAGUCUUGCCAGGUGGCCCACUGUGCAUCAUCCAGACAGAUCAUCUCCCAUUGGAAGAACUGCAUGCGGCAUGACUGUCCCGUCUGCCUGCCUCUGAAGAACGCAAGCGAUAAGAGAAACCAGCAACGUUCCCCUGGGGCCAGCCAACCCAGUGCCCUGACCAUCAACAGUGCAACCACACACAUCGACCCCAGCUCUAUGCAGAGGCCCUAUGCCGCUCUGGGUCUCCGUUAUGGCAACCAGUCCCCUGCUCAGAACCAGGGUCCUGCUCAACAGAACACACAGGGGCACCAGCAGCUGCGAAAUAUGAACGCACUAGGCACUAAUCAGAUCAACCAGAUGGCAGCAGGGAUGGGGGUCCACUCUUCAGACCAGACUGGGCUGCACAGUGACUCUUUGCCCUCCACACUCAACAAUCAGUUGUUGCCGGAUGGGUCCGUGGCAGGAGGAAUGGGAAACUUGCCCGCCGCCACCCCUCUGUCCGCUUCGGGGGUCCGGAAGGCCUGGCAUGAACACAUCACUCAGGGCCUGCGCACUCACCUGGUGCACAAACUAGUACAAGCCAUAUUCCCAACCCCAGACCCCGCAGCACUGAAGGAUCGCAGAAUGGACAACCUGGUCGCCUACGCGCGCAAGGUCGAAGGUGACAUGUACGAGUCGGCCAACAGCAGGGAUGAGUAUUACCACUUCCUGGCGGAGAAGAUCUACAAGAUCCAGAAGGAGCUGGAGGAGAAGCGACGUUUGCGGAUUCAGAGGCAACCUGGCAUGGUGGGCAACGCCGGGCCCCAGCAGCCUUCGAUGACUCAGCCCAAUGCCAUGGUUCCGGGACAACCCGUCCGACCUCCCAAUGGACCUGUGCCUAUCCCAAAUCAGAUGAUGAACCGUAUGCAGGUGCCUCAAGGAAUCAAUCAGUACAACCCAAUGGCAAUGCAAAAUGCGCAGAUGUCACAGACACCCUUGGGGCCCCGAGCUCCCUCGCCCAUGAACCAUCCCCCGCAGCUCAACAUGAACGCCGUCCCAGCAAUGGGCAUGUCCCCUUCGAGAAUACCGCAGACUCCUGGAAUGAUGGGUAAUCACGCAGGAAACAUGGUUACUCAGCCAGCCAACCAGGGUCACUUCUUGCCGCAGGGACAGUUCCCUCCAGCCACCGGAGGAGCAAUGAAUGUGAACGUGGGCAUGGGUCAGCCAGUAACGCAACCUGGUGCACAGUUUUCCGAACAGUCGCAGAAUUCCAACCUCGCUCUAAAUGUGCACGGCACCCUCGGCUCUCAGUUGCCGUGUGGACCUGCAGCCCAGCCAGGCAUGGGCAGCACGCCUCCACCCAACCCCUCCACCGGCCUCCAAAUGCAACAACACCAUCAGCCCGCGCAGGCCCCGGUGCUGCAGCAGCCCUCCACUCCAGCCUCAACGGGUGGGCCGGCCUCCAACCAAGCCCUCAUACCUGGCAGCCACCCUGGUCCACCCUCUGUCGUUAGUACACCACCCGAGCCUUCCCAGCCGCUCACACCCCUGCAGCCGCACCCCGAGCCCCUCGGCCAGAUGCAUCAGCCCACCUCAGUGCCGGCGCAACAUCCCAGCACACCGAUGUCGCAGGCCGCUGCCAGCAUCGACAACAGAGUGCCCACUCCGGCCUCUGUGGCCGAGGUCAACUCUCAACAGAACCUGCCAGACAUGACCACCACUGACCUCAAGUCGGAAGUAAAAGAUGAAGAUGAUGACAUUACUUCGGGGAACAAGUAUACUGGCAUAAAAGUAGAGAAUGAUGAAUCCAAACCCCCUCUGGUGAAGGAGGAGCCAGAUACAGCUGAGCCAAAGCAGGAACCGAUGGACACUGAAGAAAAGAAGCCAGCGGUGAAGACGGAACCCAAAGAAGAGGCGGAAAGUGGGGGCAGCGCCGCCGCUGCUCAGAGCCGCAAAAAAAUUUUCAGACCUGAAGAGCUCAGACAAGCUCUAAUGCCUACACUUGAGGCCCUCUACAGGCAAGACCCGGAGUCCUUGCCCUUCAGACAACCUGUGGACCCCCUGCUGCUCGACAUCCCGGACUACUUCGACAUUGUGAAGAACCCCAUUGACCUGUCCACCAUCAAGCGCAAACUGGACACGGGCCAGUACCAAGAGCCGUGGCAAUAUGUAGAGGACGUGUGGCUCAUGUUCAACAAUGCGUGGCUGUACAACCGCAAGACUUCGCGCGUUUACAAGAACUGCACCAAGCUCGCCGAGGUGUUUGAAACAGAGAUUGAGCCCGUCAUGAAGUCGCUGGGCUACUGUUGCAGCCGCAAGUACGAGUUCUCCCCCCAAACACUGUGCUGCUACGGCAAACAACUGUGCACUAUCUCAAGGGAUGGCAUCUAUUACAGCUAUCAGAACAGGUAUCACUUCUGUGAAAAGUGCUUCAACGAGAUCCAGGGCAACAAUGUGACGCUGGGGGACGACCCGGCACAGUCUCAGACCAUGAUAUCCAAAGAGCAGUUUGAGAAGAAGAAAAAUGACAUGUUGGACUCUGAACCGUUUGUUGAAUGUAAAGAUUGCGGACGCAAGAUGCAUCAGAUCUGCGUGCUGCAUUACGACAUCAUUUGGCCGUCGGGCUUUGUCUGCGAGAACUGUUUGAAGAGGUCUGGGAAAACAAAAAAGGAGAACAAGUUUUCAGCUAAAAGGUUGCAGUCAACGAGGUUGGGAACGUACAUUGAGGACAGAGUCAAUAAGUACUUGAAAAGACAGAACCACCCAGAAGCCGGCGAAGUGUUUGUGCGAGUCGUAGCCAGCUCUGACAAAACUGUAGAGAUUAAGCCUGGAAUGAAGUCUAGGUUUGUGGACUCGGGCGAGAUGGUCGAGAGCUUCCCUUACAGAACCAAAGCACUUUUUGCAUUUGAAGAAAUUGACGGUGUGGACGUUUGUUUCUUCGGCAUGCACGUCCAGGAGUAUGGCUCGGAUUGUCCUUUUCCAAAUACGAGGCGGGUUUAUAUAUCAUACCUCGACAGUAUUCACUUCUUCAAACCACGCAUGCUCAGGACUGCAGUUUACCACGAGAUCCUAAUUGGAUACCUGGAGUAUGUCAAGAAACUGGGGUAUGUGAUGGGUCACAUCUGGGCCUGCCCACCCAGCGAAGGAGAUGACUACAUUUUCCACUGCCACCCUCCCGACCAGAAGAUCCCCAAACCGAAGAGGCUGCAAAAGUGGUACAAGAAGAUGCUGGAAAAGGCUUUUGCUGAGAGAAUCCUACACGAUUUCAAGGACAUUUUCAAGCAAGCCACAGAAGACAGGCUGACCAGCGCCAACGAGCUGCCGUAUUUCGAGGGUGACUUUUGGCCAAACUUCUUAGAGGAGAGCAUCAAAGAACUGGAGCAGGAGGAGGAGGAGAGGAAGAAAGAGGAGAACACGGCCUCCUGUGAGACACCAGAGGGAGCCCACGCUGACAGCAAGAAUGCCAAAAAGAAGAACAACAAGAAGACCAACAAAAAUAAGAGCAGUGUCAGUCGAGCCAACAAGAAAAAGCCUGGGAUGCCGAAUGUAGCUAAUGAUCUGUCCCAAAAGCUCUAUGCCACAAUGGAGAAGCAUAAAGAGGUGUUUUUUGUCAUCCACCUUCAUUCUGGGCCAGUCAUCAAUACCCUGCCUCCCAUCAUGGACCCCGACCCUCUGUUGGCAUGCGACUUGAUGGAUGGCCGCGAUUCCUUCCUGACGCUGGCCCGAGACAAGCACUGGGAGUUCAGCUCGUUGCGGCGAUGCAAGUGGAGCACCAUGUGCAUGCUGGUGGAACUGCACAACCAGGGCCAGGACCGCUUUGUGUACACGUGCAAUGAGUGCAAGCACCAUGUGGAGACUCGCUGGCACUGCACCGUCUGUGAGGACUACGACCUAUGCAUUAACUGCUACAACACAAAGGGACACGAACACCAGAUGGUGAAGUGGGGCUUGGACUUGGACGACGACAGCAACAACCAGGGUGGAGAGUCCUCCAAGAGUCCGCAGGAGAGCCGUCGUCUCAGCAUCCAGCGCUGCAUUCAGUCCCUGGUCCACGCCUGCCAGUGCCGCAAUGCCAACUGCUCCCUGCCAUCAUGUCAGAAGAUGAAGCGGGUGGUUCAGCACACCAAGGGCUGCAAACGCAAGACCAAUGGCGGCUGCCCUGUGUGCAAGCAGCUCAUUGCGUUAUGCUGCUACCACGCCAAACACUGUCAGGAGAACAAGUGCCCUGUGCCCUUCUGUCCCAAUAUCAAGCACAAGCUCCGUCAGCAGCAGAUCCAGCACCGCCUGCAGCAGGCUCAACUGAUGCGCCGCCGAAUGGCCACCAUGGCAGGAAGGGGCAUGCCCAUGCCGUCCCCACCUACCUCAUCAGCCCCUGACACGCCUAACUCUGUGCAGCAGCCUCAUACGCCGCAGACCCCGCAGCCCAUUUCCAAUCAGCCCCCGCUGCAGCAGCAGUUGCCACCCCCGAACUCCGCCAACAUGGUUCAAGGCUUCCCCAUCAACGGCCGCAGCAGCAGCCAGCCCCCAACACCCAUCCCGCAGGGCAAACCGGGCCCCCAGUCAUCCCCGCUACAUCAGCAGCAGUCGCCUCUGCCCAGUUUGCCGCUACAGCAGCAGCAACAGAUGCCGCUACAGCAGCAGCAACAACAGCAGCAACAGCAGCAGCAGCUAACGGCCUUGAAGGGGGCCAGACAGAUUGAGAUGGCCGCAAAGGCAAAGCAACAACAACAACAACAACAACAACAACAACAACAGCAGCAGCAGCAAAGUUACACCAUGAAUGGGAUGCCCAUGAACCACCCACGCAUGAUAGGCCCCAUGCAGGGCCAGAUGCAGAUGAUGCGGGGCCCCCAGGUGAUGCAGGCUAUGCAGCAGAGCCAGUGCGGUCCCGGAAUGCAGAGUCCAAUGCAGAAACCUUCCGGACAGCCACCUCAGGGCCCUCCACAGCAAGGCGUCAUGGCCCCCCAGCAGGCUCAGGGAGGCGCCAUGGUGCAGCAAGGUCAGCUCAUGCAGAGAGCCAUGAUGCCCCAGCCGCAGGGGCUCCAAAUGCCCGGAACCAUGCCUCCACAAGGGCCCUCGCAGCAGGGCAUGACGCCCACGCCGCCGCAGCAGCAGCAGAAUAUCCCACGUGCGAUGCCCGGUAACAUCACACCCAACGCCUUGCAGGAGCUACUCCGCACCCUCAAGUCUCCCAGUUCGCCCCCGCAGCAGCAGCAGGUUUUGAACAUCCUCAAGUCCAACCCGCAGCUCAUGGCCGCCUUCAUCAAGCAGAGGACAGCCAAGUACCAAGCCAACCAGCCGCUGCAACAACAGCAGCAGCAGCAGAACCCUCAAACAAUGCCAGGGUCUGCGGCCGCGAUGCAGGCCAUGAUGCAGGCGCAGAGGCCUGGUAUCCCCCCUCAGCAGCAGCCUCCGCAGCAGGUGGGUAUGGCCCCCAUGGGACCCCAAGGCCAGAUGAUGAAUGUGGCUCAAAAUGGGAACCCUCAACUUUACCGCAGACAGCAGCUCUUCCGCAUGCAACAGGCGCAGCAGCAACAGGGAGGCAUGCCUCAGCAUCACGCUCAUUUCCCCCAGCAGCAGCCAGCAAGCUACUCCCAGCUCAGGAUGCAGCAGCAGAUGGCUAUGCAAGGAGGCAUCGGGCCGAUGGGCCAGCUCCCACCCGCGUCACAAUUGGGCCAAGCUGGCAUGGGCAUGGACGGAGCCCAGACCCUUCUACAGCAGCGAAUGCUCCAGCAGCAACAGCAGCAAAUGUUGAAGCAGCAGAUGGGCUCGUCGGCCCAGGCCAUGAGCCCCCAGCCCCACAUGCUCCAAGGCCAGGCGCAGGCACCGGUCGCUCACCUUCCCAGUGGCCAAGCCAUGGGCAACUCCUUGGGCAACCAGGUGCGCUCACCGGCCCCGGUCCAGUCGCCUCGGCCGCCGUCGCAGCAGCCCCCGCAUUCCAGUCCCUCCCCGCGGAUACAGCCCUCGCCCCAGCACGGCGCCCUUCUCUCCAGCUCCCCUCAUCCCAUCAUCGGGGGCCCCAUGUCAGGCCCCUUAGAGCAGGGACACAUGGGGACGCCAGAGCAGAGCGCCAUGCUGCCGCAGCUUAACACACCCAACCGAGGGGGUUUGAGUACUGACAUGGGCAUGGUUGGGGACACGACGGGAGACACGCUGGAGAAAUUUGUCGAAGGAUUGUAGCAGAAAGUGAGAAAAUUCAAGUCACAAUGUUUGUGAACUUUCUGCGAAACAAGGGACUACUUUUUAUUCCAACAACGUGUGACUUCCCCGUCACUGCUUCAAAGAAGACACAAAGGAUAUAUUUUUGGUUCAGACCAGCCAUGCAAGAAUUGAUGCUUUGGUCUUUGUGUUGUUGAAAUACGUUUUUCAUUUGUUUAUGCUCUGGUAUUGACUUUUUUAACAGAACCUCUCGAAACAAAAAAAUAUCUCCUUUUAUUUUUCAUUUUGUAUCUUUGCAAAUAAUUAUUGUAUUUGUGUUGAGCAAGACUGUAAAGUUAAACUGGGAAAUUUUGGGGGGUUGCCAGGUUUCACUUUUUGCUCAGUUUCUCUUGUUCUAGGCUAAUUUAUUCCAAUAUGCCAUUUUUCAAAAAGGACUGCCUUUGGGAAAGCCUUAAUUUUCCUUCCUGCUUGCAGACUCUAUGGAGGAUUACCGUGUUUGUAUAGAUUUAGGAACUAUUGCACACAGACAAACACAACAGGCAGGUGUUCAAAAGCCAGAAUGUUCGUUUAUUUACUGGCCUUGGCUCAGUAUUUGUCUUGCAUAUGUACAAAUAAUCACUUGGUCUCUCUUUCGAUCCCAAUGAAUUCUCUUCAUGUCUUGUUCUUCUUUUGCCUGUGGUCAGAAAUGAACAUGUUGAAACUGCUGAUUUGUGUUCAGUUAUGUGUAUCAUUUUCUAUCUUACAUUAAACUUGAAUCCACAAUGACCUGUCCUCUAAUGUAAAUCACACAGCUCAACAGCACUGUAAAUAUGCAGAAAAUAAGAAGAAAUCACUGUAAAAACUGGUUCAAGAUGGCUCAUUUCCUACUUAUAUACCAUAUUGUUUAAUAAACCUGUGUGCCACAGAC